UUUUUCUUUACGAAAAUCCACUGCCACUAACUUAACCAUAAGACUCUCUUUGUUUUCUUUCUUCUCUUUCUUCUGGUUAACUCGCUUUGCCUGACUCACUGAGUCAUGGCGCUUCUUAGGCCACACCUUCAUCGCUUCCACUCCAACAGUCUCCGCCAAUUUUCGUCUUCCUCUAAAACAACCGCCGACGCUGGCGGUGGCCUUGUUAUCUAUCCCACGUACGGUCGUCACCGUUGCUCCGCGAUUGCGAUCGACGCGCCGUCGUCUCUGACGGGCGUGACGCCGAUUCGAUGGGGAUACACGAGCGUUCAAGGGUUCCGGGAUGAGAUGGAGGAUGACAUAGUCAUCCGCUCGGAAGCUCUCGAUAACUUCUCCUUCGCCGCGGUUUUCGACGGCCACGCUGGAUCGUCCUCUGUCCAAUUCCUCAGGGAGGAGCUGUACAAGGAGUGUGUUGGGGCAUUGCAAGUUGGAUCUUUGUUGAGUGGAGGUGAUUUCGCGGCGAUCAAGGAAGCUUUGAUUAAGGCCUUUGAAAGCGUGGAUCAAAAUUUGCUUAAAUGGCUAGAAACAAACGGUGAAGAAGACGAAUCAGGUUCAACAGCCACUGUGAUGCUCAUCAGAAAUGAUAUUUCUUUCAUUGCACAUAUCGGCGAUUCAUGCGCAGUCCUAUCUCGAUCUGGGAAAAUCGAGGAAUUGACUGAUUCUCAUCGUCCAUAUGGAAGCAGUAAGGCAGCCAUUCAGGAAGUGAAGAGAAUCAAAGAUGCAGGUGGAUGGAUUGUUAAUGGAAGGAUUUGUGGAGAUAUAGCUGUAUCUCGUGCCUUUGGUGACAUCCGGUUCAAGACAAAGAAGAAUGAGAUGUUAAAGAAAGGUGUCAAUGAAGGAAGAUGGUCCGAGAAGUUUGUUUCCAGAAUCGACUUUAAAGGUGACAUGGUUGUCGCAACUCCAGAUAUAUACCAAGUACCUCUUACAUCUGAUGUGGAAUUCAUUAUAUUAGCUUCUGAUGGAUUGUGGGACUACAUGAAGAGCUCAGAUGUGGUUAGUUUCGUAAGGGAACAGCUCCGUAAACAUGGAAAUGUCCAGCUUGCUUGUGAUGCUCUUGCGCAAGUAGCUUUGGACCGGAGAUCAGAGGACAACAUCAGCAUCAUCAUUGCUGAUCUAGGAAGAACAGAGUGGAAGAAUCUCCCGGUGCAGCGACAAAACAUGGUGGUUGAAUUGGUUCAGGCCGCAGCGACUGUUGGUGUAGUUACUGUUGGCAUAUGGAUGACUUCGUUUCUCUCUUGACUAAAUAAAAGGAACAUCCAAUCUCCUUCCUUAGUGUAUAUAAAACAUGUAACUAUGUCGAACUCUCUAGUCUUCCCAUAGAAAUGGAGAUAUGGUGAUACCUCACAGGUUGGAAACUCACCAAAGUAUAUGUAAAAUGUUUGGAGGUGAUUACAUCUAGAAACUAAAAUUUAGUCUACAACAUAAAAGUAAAUGCACAGGUUGAAAACUGCAUCAUAUGGAA